CAGCAAUUCGAACUCGUUCAUCGGUAGCAUUGAAGCGCUUCUUGUUGUUUCAGUAAGCUGGUACCGCUGUAUUCAUUAAAAUUCGUACUAUUAGCAUGCACAUUAGAUACAUAUUACUGUGUUAGGCUUAAAUAUAUUAGAUAUUUUCCUGGCAUAUGGAGAGGAAUUGUUAAUAAAAUCAAAAUGUUUUGUUGGGGAAAUACUACUCAUCAUGAACUAUGUGUUGAAGAUUCUGAUUCACUUGGCUUGGUAAUUAAGCCUACACUUUCUAAAUGGAAAGAGAGUAGCCACAUAAAGCAUGUGGCAGCUGGGGAAUUCCAUACCCUUUACUUGACUAACUUAGGUCAACUGUACUCUAGUGGUAGUAAUGAAGUUGGUCAACUUGGCAGGCCAACUGAAAAUGAUGAAGAUAAAUCUCCAGCUGUAGUUGAAACUUUCAAAGGCUGCUCAAUAUCAGCAAUAGCAUGUGGCUUACAGCAUUCAAUGGCAUUGGAUGAAUGGGGACAAAUUUUUAGUUGGGGUUCUGAUAGUAUGGGACAACUCGGCAGCAACCUUGGCUCUUAUGCUCAAGAUAAACCUAAAAUAGUAAAAUUUCUUGCUACAAAGAAUGUAAUUCAAAUUGCUUGUGGAUCUCAUCAUUCAAUUGCGUUGACAAAUAAUGGCGAACUAUACACUUGGGGGGCAAACACACAUGGCCAAUGUGGUCUAGGCACAAAAUCAAACAAGGAAACCACGCCACAACAAAUUACUUCCUUACUUGGCAUACCUAUCUCAAUGAUAGCUUGUGGUAGUAACCACACUUUUGUCUUAUCAAAGUCUGGUGCUGUAUUUGGCUGGGGAAAAAACAUGUAUGGUCAGUUAGGACUGCAGGAUGUUGAAGAUAGGUAUUAUCCAACUCAUUUAAAAACUUUAAGAAACGUAAAGGUUUGUCACAUUGCCUGUGGUGAAGAUUUUACUGCAUUUCUCACUCUUGAUGGAGGUGUAUUCACAUGUGGGUCUGGAUUGCAUGGACAGACUGGCCAUGGUACUACAAAAGAUGAACUAGUCCCAAAGAAGGUGAUGGAGCUGAUGGGCAGCACGGUGACGCAGGUGGCGUGUGGGCGGCGGCAUUUACUGGUGCGCGUGGGCGAGCGCGUGCUGGCGUGCGGACACGGCGCGCGCGGCCAGCUGGGCUGCCCCACCACCGCCGCGCUCGUGCCCACGCCCGUGCCACUAGUGCCGCGCGACGACUCGCCGCUGGGCUGCCCCACCACCGCCGCGCUCGUGCCCACGCCCGUGCCACUAGUGCCGCGCGACGACUCGCCGCUGGGCUGCCCCACCACCGCCGCGCUCGUGCCCACGCCCGUGCCACUAGUGCCGCGCGACGACUCGCCGCUGGGCUGCCCCACCACCGCCGCGCUCGUGCCCACGCCCGUGCCACUAGUGCCGCGCGACGACUCGCCGCUGGGCUGCCCCACCACCGCCGCGCUCGUGCCCACGCCCGUGCCACUAGUGCCGCGCGACGACUCGCCGCUGGGCUGCCCCACCACCGCCGCGCUCGUGCCCACGCCCGUGCCACUAGUGCCGCGCGACGACUCGCCGCUGGGCUGCCCCACCACCGCCGCGCUCGUGCCCACGCCCGUGCCACUAGUGCCGCGCGACGACUCGCCGCUGGGCUGCCCCACCACCGCCGCGCUCGUGCCCACGCCCGUGCCACUAGUGCCGCGCGACGACUCGCCGCUGGGCUGCCCCACCACCGCCGCGCUCGUGCCCACGCCCGUGCCACUAGUGCCGCGCGACGACUCGCCGGUGAUCACGUCGCACACGUCGUAUAGGUUGCAAGGCACACGUGGCCAGCUGGGCUGCCCCACCACCGCCGCGCUCGUGCCCACGCCCGUGCCACUAGUGCCGCGCGACGACUCGCCGUUCACAACAGAUGGAUUCAUUGGUCCAAUUAGAGUAUUCGCGGGUGGUGAUCACAGUUUUCUGGUCGUUAGCAGCGACAAAAAUGCACAUGUAGAUUUAAGAGUGCCGGAUACUAAGAUGCAAAUACUCACACUUAAUAUGGCUAAACUAACUGCUUGUCACUUCUUCAAAGAUAACGACGUUGUCAACCAGGAUCUUAUGGCUUACUUGGAGACAGUGUUUGGAUCACUAGCUUGCAUCAAUGGUUCAUUUUUACUUGAUCAAAACGCGCACUUCGGUUGCAAUACAAAAUUACCAGGAGUUGAUUUGAAGAAAGCAGAAGAGGCUUUUACUUUAAUUAGUCGAUUUGAAAACACAACAUUACAGGAACUUAUAUUUAGUCUUCUAACUGAGCAAAUUAUAAAAAAAGUUAAAGCGUCGCCACCAGACGCCGAAGCGUUAAGAGUUUUCUUAGUGCUUCCACUUUACCACGAAAUGAGGAAUCCGCGUAGACACCCAGAGUUACAGGGUCCGUUCGCGGAGGCGUUCAACAAACUGUCGAGCCCACCGCAGCGAAUCGUACAAAUGUGGUGGGAGGCACAAUCGGCUGAGUACUUCGAGAUGCUCGUAGAUAUCUUCAAGAGCGUCUUCGUCUACGAGAUGAUGCAGCCCGUCGUGAAAGCCAAUAAGAAAUUAUACUUGUCUAAAAGUUUAAUCCAAGUUUUAAACACGUUGACUUAUCUUAAUAGAAUAAACUUUUCAAACCCCAAGAAGCCUAAAAUACCUGCUGAAUGUUUUUACGUGGAAGACUUAUCUAGUCAUGUUAAUAUCGCUUCGGAUUACAUUAACUGGCUUUCAGAUCAGGAUUCAACAAAGCCUCAUCUGUGUAACUACGCGUUCCUGUUCGAUGUUCAUUGCAAAUCGUUACUGUUGAAAAUAGACCAACAACUACAAAUGCAAAUGGCCGUCAAUCGAGCCGCCACGCAGAUAUUCACGCGACUCUUCAUAGACCCCUCGUACGAGUACCAGCGAGACCAGUUCCUCAUACUGACGGUGUCCAGGAACCAAAUAGUGAGGGAUACGAUGCUGCAGAUCAGUAAUCAUGAUACAUCGCAGUUAAAAAAACCGCUCAGGGUAGAAUUUGUGGGCGAAGAAGCAGAAGAUGCUGGCGGUGUUAAGAAAGAGUUCUUCAUGUUGCUUCUAAAAGAAAUCUUCAACCCUGUGUACGGCAUGUUCAAGCAAUCAGAGGAGACAAACAUGAUUUGGUUUUCUAACAACCCUUUCGAGGACGAAGUCAUGUAUUAUUUAAUAGGUGCCAUAUAUGGGCUGGCCAUAUACAACUCGAUCAUCAUUUAUGUGCCGUUUCCCCUGGUGCUGUACAAGAAGAUCCUCGGCGAGUCGGUGAUGCUAGAUGACCUGUUCGAUCUGUUCCCCACUCUGGCCAGCAGCUUGCGACACCUGCUGGACUACCCGGAUGAAGACGUGGAGGAGGUAUUCAGCUUAUGCUUCGCCGUGAACACAGAGGUGUUCGAUCAGAUUCAAGUACACCCUCUGAAGGAGGACGGUGAGAACAUUUCUGUGACCUCCGAGAACAAGUCUGAGUAUGUUGACUUGUACGUAGACUUUCUUCUCAACAAAUCGGUAGAAAAACAGUUCGAAGCAUUCAAUCAAGGAUUUCAAAAGGUGUGUGGCGGAAGAAUAAUAAAGUUGUUCAGAUCUCAUGAACUGAUGUCAGUCGUAAUAGGUAAUGAAGAAUACGACUGGGAAUUGUUUGAAAGCAAUUGUGAAUAUGAAAAUGGUUAUACAGCUAACGAUCAACAAGUCAGAUGGUUCUGGGAAGUGUUUCACGAACUAUCAAUUGAAGAUAAGAAAAAGUUCCUAUUGUUCCUUACGGGUAGUGAUAGAGUUCCUAUACAAGGAAUGAGAGAUAUAAAGAUUAAAAUACAACCAGUAGCAGAUGACAGAUUCUUUCCAGUAGCUCACACGUGUUUCAAUCUUUUAGAUCUUCCUCGAUAUAAAACUAAAGAGCGUUUGAAGUAUCAUCUCUUGCAGGCCAUACAACAGACACAGGGUUUCUCACUUGUUUAACUUAUAUUUUAAAAGAAUAAGCACGGUGUUAUUUUAUUCUUAAAUCUUCUUUAAUAGUUGAAUUUUUGUUUUUGACGUUUGACGUUUGAUGAAUAUUAAAUUAAUUUUCGUAACUAGCAAUGGGUAAGUGUUACGUACAGAGCUCACAGAUGAUCAGACUGAUACUUAUGUAUUUUAGUGAAUAAUUCAACUUCCUCAAUAUGUUUUAUCUUAAUAACUACUUUGAUUUUAAUUUAAUAUGUCUUUGAUGAUUCAAUCUUGUUCUGUAUUUUAAUGUUUUAUUUAAAAAUUAUUUUAUAGUUAAAAUUUCAUAAUAUAAAUAUAAACGCGUGAUAUUUUUUCAUAUCUGUCACCACUGAUAAUUAUGUGUAGCAAAUUAAUGUUUUGGGAGGUUUUGGAGUUAAAAGUUACAACUGGAAGAUCUUAAAGAAAUUAAACUUAUUCAGUUUUGUCUACAUGUAUCAAAUUUAAUAAAUACACUUAGAACAAA